AUGAGUAACAUACCAUUAUUUCCAAAUUUAAAACCGAGAUUGUUCGAAUCGUCGUGGUUCCAAGUGGACCAACCGCGCGAUUGCGAAGACGAACUAUCCCAAUUGGAAAGGGAACACCAAAAUUGGUUGCAAUCCAUAAAACAAUUCAACGCCGAUCUAACGCCCAUCGGAAAAACCACGUCCGAGCCCGUCGAAGAGGAAGAAGACGAGGACGACGAGGACGACAACGAAGACGACGACGAAUCGGAAACGCACGAUGAAGAAGAGGAAGACGAAAUCGAAAUGGACGUAUCGGCCGAAGGCGUGCCAGGCGAGCUUCGUUCCCCCGAAGAACUCGGCAGGAGAAUGAUCCAGGGAAUCGGCCAGGGCCACGGCGUUCGAUAA